AUGAAGUUUGACUUCAGAGUUCCUCAUAACACCAUGUCUGUCCUAGUACGAGAAGUCUGCCAGGCCAUCGUAGAUGAGUACAAGGAGGAAAUCAUCAGCUGUCCAAUCUCCCCUGAAGAAGGGCGUGCCGUUGCUGAAAUGUUUGCACGUAGAUGGAACGUCCCUCAUGGCUGUGGAGCCCUUGAUGGAAAACAUGUUGCCUGCAGAAAGCCAGCGAACGGUGGAAGCCUUUAUCACAACUAUAAAGGUUUCUUUUCCAUUGUUCUAAUGGGCCUCGUCGAUGCGGACUAUAAGUUCCUCUGGAUAGAUGUUGGAGGGCACGGACACAUGUCAGAUGCACAGAUCUUCAAUGAUUCAGAGCUGAAUGAGUGCCUAGUAGAUGGGACCAUUUGUCCUCCAGCAGACCACCUACCAAAUGACGACAGGGACAUGCCAUAUUUUUUCCUGGCUGAUGAUGCGUUUGCGAUGCGGACCAACAUGAUGAAGCCUUACUCGAUGCGCAAGAUGACCAAAGAGCAUAGGAUCUACAACUACAGGAUAUCUAGAGGGCGUCACGUUGUGGAGAACGCCUUUGGCUAG